CUGAUUCAGUGAUUGUAUCGACUCAAUCAGCGAUUGAUUUAACAGGCCCGAAAUGUAACGCACGCGCAAACCUAGUUCUUCCUUUCUGCUAAAUUCUUCGCCAUGGCUCCUGUGAAGAAACAGAGCAACAAAGGCUCCAAGGGUGGCAAGAAGAAGAAGCAGGUCCUGAAGUUCACUCUGGACUGCACCCACCCUGUUGAAGAUGGCAUCAUGGAUGCUGCCAACUUUGAGCAAUUCCUUCAGGAGCGCAUCAAGGUGAACGGGAAAGCUGGCAACCUGGGUGGUGGUGUGGUGUCUAUUGAGAGGAGCAAGAGCAAGAUCACUGUGUCCUCUGAGGUCCCCUUCUCCAAAAGAUAUCUGAAAUAUCUGACCAAGAAGUACUUGAAGAAGAACAACCUUCGCGACUGGCUGCGUGUUGUGGCCAACACAAAGGAGAGCUACGAGCUACGCUACUUCCAGAUCAACCAGGACGAGGAGGAGGAAGAGGAUGAGGAUUAAACAUUGUCUGGAUUUUGUACAUUCAAUAAAUUCUUAGAGUAC